AUGGACAAGACAAUGUUUAUCAUAUUAGCUGCUGUCACUUUGGCACAGGCUGCCAAAUUGGACAGAGUUUAUUUGCCACCAAAUGCUCAAGCAGCCUCAGGGUCAGACAAUUUCCUUAGGACUCCUUACCAGUCCAAUAAUGGGAUACAAGAAGAAAAUAGCAAUGACUUCGCUAAUGCACCUGUCUCCAACGAAAACGCUUACAGUCAGAAUGCCUUCUCUGAUUUUGAAGCUCGUCCCGAACGUGCACAAGCUGCAUUUGAAAGAAACGCCGCUAUUCUGCGCCAGGACAACUCAAAUGAUGGAGAAACUUACUCGUAUACUUACGAGACAGAAAAUGGUAUCUUUGCUGAAGAAAAUGGAGUGGCCACUAAUGGCGUACAGGCCCAAGGCGGGUAUACAUACACAGGAGAUGAUGGAAAUGUUUACACCGUGAGAUAUACAGCUGAUGAGAACGGUUUCGUCCCACAAGGUGAUCACCUACCCACUCCUCCUCCCAUUCCUGAGGAAAUUCUGAAAGCUUUAGAACAAAAUGCACGUGAUGAAGCUGCAGGCAUUUAUGAUGAUGGAUCCUACAGCGAGGCUAAAUACGGUGCAGCAGAUAGCAACUCGCAACAGUACUACAAUAACAAUGCACAGCCUAUCGACUACAAUGAAGACUCUCUCAACAUCAAUUCCGCUGGUCUCCGUAACGAUGGUGAUUUAAAAAACACCAUUGAGAAAACUUACCUUCCUCCGUUUGCUCAGCAGAACAACAACAGAAGAAACUACAACUCCAGAGAUGGAUCAUCCAAAGACGUUCCCACUUACAACAACCAACAACAGUACUACAACACGAACACUCAGCUUAUCAACUAUAAAAAAGACUCUAUUGUCAUGAUUUCAUCAAACAGUCCAUUGAGAAAACUUACCACCACCUUAGGUUCAGAGGAAUCAGAACCAAAGAAAUAG